AAAAUGAAGAAUAUAUUGUUACUGUUAGCAGUAACGAGUUGCGGUUACGGGCAACUGGAUCCUUAUAAUCAGAACUUCCCGCCGCAACAAUUUCCAUCUGACAAUACGCAGAACGGCACAUAUCGUUCUAAUCCUCAAAUACCGUACGGCAGUUUCCCAGUCAACCAAGAUUACCAACAGUCACAAAGUACGUUUUAUAACGAAGGUUUCGACUCGGACCCCUAUCGCGAUGGUGACAAUGAAGUGGACCCGCAGAACACCGCUAGUUACUACGCAGGUUUAGACUACGAAGAGAGGUACAAAUGUCCUCCCAAUUGGAUUCGAUUUAGAGAAUCUUGUUACCGCUUUACUAAGUCGCCCAACCGGCCGCGGAACGACGCCCGGAAGAUCUGCCAAGCAUACGAAUCAGACUUAGUAGCAGUGAAUACUCCUGAGGAACAUGGAUUUAUCAUUACUACUCUAAUGAAAAUAGAUCCUCAAAAGGGUUCCUGGUAUGUUGGAGCACAUCAACAGUCACCGGGAUACUGGUCUAACGAUUUAGAUGGUUCGCAGCUGUCAGGUCUUGAAAAUGCUUUUUUCGAAGAUGUCACAUCCAUUUACAACAGCUACAAUUUGCUGCCCCGGGAUUACUUAGUAUACAAAUUUUCACAACAUGAUGGCCGUUGGGGUCUAUCUGCUGUAGAAGGUACUCAAUAUUAUCAUUUUAUUUGUGAAGGCCAGCCUCAAAGGUUAAAGUUUCUAAUGGAGGAUACUAGAUCUUUUACCUAUGGCUUAGAUGUUUAUGAUCCAGAGAGAAUUCCGAGGGGACCUUAUUUUACAAAAGAGCCAGUUGACACAAUAUAUGACCCUCUCCGCAGCAAUUUUGUGCAGCUGACGUGUGUUGCUGGAGGAUAUCCCACACCUGUGUAUAAGUGGUUCAGGGAAGACUACCAAGUUGACAGCCCUGUAUUCACUGAAAUCAACCCCCUGGAUGAUACUAGAUUUAUUGUAAGUGGUGGAACUUUGAUGAUUUAUUAUCCAGAUGCGGAUAAAGAUAAUGCAAAAUAUCAUUGCACUGCUUCAAACAAAUAUGGUGUCAUCCGCUCUGAAUCAGUCCGACUUUCGUUUGGAUUUAUUAGAGAGUUUAAUCAGAAAAGACCUAUGGAGAGUGGCAAACAAUACUGGGGUAAAGUCAUGUACUGUGAUCCUCCAUCUUACUAUCCAUCUGUGAAUUUCUUAUGGGCUCGUAAUUAUUUCCCAAACCUUGUAGAAGAGGACAAGAGAGUGUUUGUGUCUUCAGAUGGUGGAGUAUACUUUUCUGCCCUCGAAUCGAUUGAUAACGGCAAUUAUAGUUGUAAUGUCAUGAGCAAAGUUUCAGACAUGGGUCGCAAUGGGCCAUUUUUUUCACUGUCUGUGUUUCCCCAUUCUGAUUAUCAGCAGCUUAAAUUCCCCAACAAUUUUCCUAAGCUUUUUCCGGAUGCUCCAGUUGUCGGUCAAGAAGUUAGGUUAGAGUGUGUUUCAUUUGGAUAUCCAGUGCCUUCAUAUAAUUGGACUAGGAAGAAUAGUCCUAUGCCAAGGCGAGCAAGACUAAGUAAUUACGAUCGCGUUUUGACUAUUUCCAAUGUUGGCGUUGAGGAUGAGGGAGAGUACAUUUGUGACGUUAGCAACGACCGGGCGCGUAUAUCUAACAGCGUGUUUUUAAAAGUACAAGCAGAACCUAACUUUACUAUACCAUUAGCUGACAAGCAUGUUGACAACAAGGGUGAGCUCCAUUGGAAUUGUGAAGCUUUUGGUAUCCCAGAUGUCAAUUACACUUGGUGGAAAAAUGGCAAUAAACUUUCUAUGGAAACUUUGGACUUAGAAGACAGGGACCGAUAUAUAAUUCAGGAUAAUGUGUUAACUAUAAAGCACUUAGAUCCUGCAAGGGACCCUGGAAUGUACCAGUGUGAAGCAAAGAAUCAGUUGAAAGCGAGAUAUUCCACAGGACAGCUGAGAGUAUUAUCAUUGAAACCAUCAUUUAAGAAGAGACCCCUUGAAUUAGAAACAUAUGGCUCAGAAGGAGGAAAUGUAACUUUGAGAUGUAAUCCAGAAGCGGCACCCCGACCCUCAUUUACAUGGAAGAAAGAUGGAAAUGUAAUAGGUGCUGGUGGAAAACGAUUCAUCACUGAGAAUGGGAAUCUGAUCAUCAGACAAAUUUCCAGAGAUGAUGAAGGAAUAUACACUUGUGUAGCCAAGAACCAGUACGGGUCUGAUGAGAGUAGAGGAAGACUGAUAGUAUUACGCGCUCCCCGAUUCCUCGUGCGUCUACCUCCGCGCGUAACAACGCAAGUUGGCCAAGUCAUCUUUUUACAUUGUAGCGCUGAAGUUGAUACACUCUUAGACACCGCUUACCUCUGGAAUCACAACGGCAUACGCAUGAAGGAAGCAGCCGAUCUUUAUGCUGACAAAAGAAUUAAAAUUGACGGCGGAGAACUGACCAUUUAUAAUGUCAGUCUUUCCGAUGUCGGCGAUUACGAGUGCAUUGUCAAAGCAGCUAUCGGCCGCAUAUCCAGCCACACACAACUGCGAAUCGAGGGUCCGCCGGGUCCUCCGGGCGGACUGCAAAUUUUGAACGUUUUGAAAAACACUGUGACCCUCGAAUGGACAGACAGUAAUUCUAACGGGCGACCGAUCACUGGCUACGCGAUUACCGGCCGAACCAAUUGGAACUCUACAUGGAAUACCAUUGCGGAAAAUAUCGCCAACGUGAUGGAGGUAGAUCGUUACAACGGGCGCAAGCGAGCGGUCGUCCCCGUCACCCUGCAUCCGUGGUCGGUUUACGAAUUCAGAGUUCAAGCUAUAAACUUCCUCGGAAUCGGCAAACCUUCAGCACCGAGCCCACAAUUUUCAACGUUAGCUGACAAACCUUAUCAAGCACCUGCGAACGUCGGUGGAGGUGGAGGCAAAAUUGGUGAUCUUACAAUCGCCUGGACUCCUCUGCCGAAGCAUUUGCAGAAUGGACCAGGAAUACAUUAUAAAAUAUUCUGGCGUAGAAACGGAUCCGAAGUGGAAUUCCAGUCCCUCUUGCUAAAGGAAUAUGGGAAUGUUGGCAGUCAUGUCGUGCGUAUAGUGCAUCAGUAUUUCUAUACACCGUACGAUGUUAAAGUACAAGCUUUUAACGACUUGGGCGCGGGUCCUGAGAGCGAAAUAGUUACUAUAUACUCUGCCGAAGACAUGCCUCAGGUCGCUCCGCAGUUGGUAUCGGCACUUUCGUACAACUCUACGUCACUCAACGUGACUUGGAGCCCGAUAGACCAGUCCCGUGAGAGGCUCCGUGGCAAGCUCAUCGGCCACCGUCUGAAGUAUUGGAAGCAGUCCAACAAGGAGGAGGAGUGUAUCUACUAUUUGUCCAGAACUACGCGCGCCUGGGCCCUCAUUGUCGGGUUGCAGCCUGAUACAUAUUACUUCGUGAAGGUAAUGGCAUUUAACUCAGCGGGCGAGGGUCCGGAGAGCGAGCGCUACCUGGAGCGCACGUACCGCAAGGCGCCGCAGAAGCCCCCGGCCUCCGUUAACGUGUGGGCCGUCAACCCGAGCACGGUGCGCGUCGUGUGGCGCUACGUGCAACCCACCGAUGAGGAGGAACCGCUUAUUGGCUACAAGGUGCGAGUAUGGGAAACCGACCAAGACAUGAGCACAGCGAACGACACCAUUAUACCCGUGGAGCACAAACUCGAAGCAUACGUCAACAACCUCAUACCUGGCAAGACCUACAACCUCCGAGUUCUGGCCUAUUCCAAUGGAGGUGACGGCCGUAUGUCUUCUCCUCCCAUAACUUUCCAAAUGGGUGAUUACCACAGCGACUCUCUUGGGUACUACGUAAGGGGCAACUCUGCCCACAAAGAAAGCUUAGCUUUAGGAUCUCUUGUCUCACUAUUUCUAGGUCUCUCGGCCUUAAGAUGGCUGCUAUCGUGAUGUUUAUUCUGUCCUUAUUUUGCGUAGAUGUAGUAACUAAGGUCUGAUUAUGAUAUUAUUGCAAUAGACUUAUACCUAUAUUUUUACAUUAAAGUUUUAGGCUAUAUUUUUGGACUGAAAGACAGAAAUUGAUAAAUAGUUCUUUAUUUGCACAACUUGCAAGGUUGUGAAUUAUCCCGCCCAUUUUACUCGACAUUUUAUAUAUUUUUUCAAUUUUUAUAAUUUACUCUUUUACUGCUUUCUUAGCUUUAAAUAAUUAAGUCUCUCAUGCACUAUACUUUCUAUAAGUUAUCUAGAAUAACUUACUAUUUUAACUAACAUUCCAAGUCGAUUUUCUAUUGACAAUAAGCCAGCCAGGAUAAAAUCUCAUUACCUAAUGAUCUAAGACUAAUGAUAUUAUAUUAUGGAAGUCCAUAUCACAAUUUUGAUUUAGAUGUAAGAGAUGUAUGUAAAUAUUUCGCAAUGUGUUGUUUAUACAUUUGUUUAAAAUGAAAUGCAUUUUCGCUGCUACGACGUAGACUAUCAAGUUUUUAAAUUAUUAUUUUUUACUUCUACAAUCCGAGCCAUUUUCUUCGUUUAGGAUAUAAGCUAUUUUCAGUUCAGUUACACGCAUAAUGACAAUAUUUUCGCGUAAUGUCACAUAAAAGUAGACGGCCGAAUGCUCGUCAAUGACCCAGUACCUACAUGUUAUUUUUAAACUUUCAUGUUAUUAACAAUAGACACCUCUAUUGGUGUCAUCUAUUGGGUAUCAUCUAUUGGGGAUUAGUAUGUCCGUGGGACGUUUACCUUACGCUAAACAACACCUGUCUACGAAAUGCAGCUUAGUGGCCCGUGCGUGUAUCGUGCCGCGUGGUCAAAAUCAAAAUAUAUCAUUAUGCGUCUAAUUGCCUUUUUUAUAAUAAUUAUGGUAUGUAUAGUACAAACUACAAAGUGAUGAAGCGAAGCUUAUUUGUUAUGUACAGUCAGCAUCAAAUGAGUGAUUAAAUAUAAUUGCAGCACAUAGUUAUAAUGCUUAUUUCUUUGAUGAUAUUGAUAUGUAAUGGUGUCUUGAAAUAUUUUUGGCUACUUUGGCAGUCACUUAAUUUGACGCUGACUGUAUCAGGAAUAGGGAGAUUUUUGCUAUCAAGAAAGAAAAAUACAAUUUUUUCAUAUUGCUAUAACAAAACUAAAUAUUCGCAACUUCUUGCUGGAAAAGUCACCCCAGUGAAACUGCUUUUUUCAACUUGAAAUAUAAAUAAAAAAUGAAAUUAAAAAUUGCCUUAAACAUGUUGAAAUCUUUGUACGUAAUGUUUAAAAUUAAAAGUUUCGUGAAAUAAAUGUUUUUAUACUUGAAA